CCGUUGCAAAUCAUUUUUACUUUGUAUCAGUUCUCACUUGGGACGAAGAGGAUUAAUGUUAAGGAUCAGUUCUUCAUAAAACAGCAUCAGUUUACCUCCUGUGCAGACAGCAUCAUCACUGAUUAUAAUGGGCUCUAUUGUCAUUUGUUACGUGUAGACACGGUGUUACUUUCACUUUAACUUUAACUUGGCGUCAUUUUGGAAGAGUCAGGCACGUCUGUUUGAGUCUACACUGGAUUUUUUCUAAAAACUGGUGAAAAUGAAGUUUCCGUUUAUACUGCUGUCAGUCUGCUUGUUUUUUCCGGAUCAUGGUGGGUCUGCCAUUGAGAUAGAUGGAGUGUCUGUGUUUGUGAUGGAGGGAGAUUCAGUCACUCUACUCACUGGUAUUAAGAAAAACCAAGAAAACAGAAUCAGAUGGUACUGUAAUGACACUCGCAUCGCUCAAAUCAGUGGGGAUCCCAGUAAGACCUGUACAAAUGUUCAGUGUAAUGAAGGUACUGAGAGAUUCAGAGACAGACUGAAGCUGGAUCAUCAGACUGGAUCUCUGACCAUCACAAACAUCACAUCCACAGACUCUGGAGUUUAUCAACUGAAGCUCUUCAGCAGCAACAGCAUCAGUGAAAAGACCUUCAGUGUAUCUGUCCAUGGUGUUUCUGCUGCUGAACGAGAGAAGAUGAAAAGAAAGUCAGUGAAGGAGGGAGAAUCUGUUACUUUAGAUCCUGGUGUAAUAAAACAACCAAAUCAUGUAAUGACGUGGUAUUUUAAUGACGCUCUCAUCGCUGAAAUCACUGGAGAUCCCAACAAGACCUGCACAGAUUUUCAUUGUCAUGAGAGAUUCAGAGACAGACUGCAGCUGGAUCAUCAGUCUGGAUCUCUGACCAUCAGGAGCAUCAGAAUCACAGACUCUGGAGUUUAUGAACUUAAGAUCAGCAGCAGCCUCCUUCGUCGCCGCCGCAGCAUCAGCCGUGUAAAGAGCUUUGAUGUUACUGUCAUCAAUUCAGGUCUGUCUCCAGGUACUGUAGCUGGACUAUCUGUUAUUGUUCUUCUUAUGGUGACUGCAGCUAUAGCUGUUGGUGUGAUUUUCUAUCGCCGCGAGAGCUCCAGAGAUGGUCACGUGAGUGUGCCAACCCAACAGGAUUAGAUGGGCAGUCCCUACUGAAGCAUUAUUCCCACUGAUCCAUCUUUCCCAAAAAUACCUAACGAUAAAUAACUUUUAAAAUCACCUGUUACUGGAAGUUUACACAGCUCUGUUACAGUUGCAGGCUUUUAAGAUGU